AUGGAUGGGAUUCAGAGCAUUUUAAAAUUCCUCACUAAUCAGAAAAAUGUCAUUGGUUACAGCUUUAUGGCUUUGCUAACAGUGGGAGGGGAACGGCUUUUCUCACUUGUUGCUUUUAGGUGUCCAUGUAGCACUGAAAACUUAACCUAUGGAUUGGUCUUCCUUUUUGCCCCAGCCUGGGUGUUACUGAUCAUUGGGUACUUUUUGAAUACCAGGAUGUGGAGACUCUUUACAGGCUGCUGUGUCAACCCCAGAAAAAUCUUCCCUAAGGGGAACAGCUGUCAUUUCUUUUAUGUCUUUGGUCAGAUUACUUUAAAUGCCCUGGUGGCCCCAGUGAUGUGGCUUUCUGUGGCUUUGCUCAAUGGGACAUUUUAUGAAUGUGCCAUGAGUGGUACUAAGAAUCCAAAUUUCCUGGACAUGAUUUGCAAGGACAAGUCCACUGAAUGCCGACAAGAGCUGCACAAAGUAGCCUGUGGCAAAACAACCAUGCCUUCUACAGAUACCCAUGAACUGAAGCUAAGUCUACAAGCACAAUCUCAGAUCCUAGGAUGGUGUAUGAUUUCCAUGACUGCCUUCUUCUCUCUGCUCACCACCUGCUACGUGAGAUGCCGAUCUAAGAUCAGCCACCUUCAGAUGAAGUUCUGGAAGACCUACGCAGAUCAGGAGAAGGAGCAAUUUGAUAAAACUUUCCAGGAGUAUGCAGCCAGGCUGAGUGAGAGGAACCUAAAAUGUUUUUUUGAGAACAAAAGGCCAGAUGCUUUCCCCAUGCCAACCUUUGAGGCGUGGGAAGCUGCCUCAGAGCUGUACUCCUUCAACAGAACCCAACAACAUUAUAGCACCCUCCACCGUGUGGUAGAAGCUGGUCAGGAAACUGUUAACCAAGACACAGAGACAGCUUUGGACUUUGUAGAUAACCAGGCUGCUGUUGUCUAGCAUUCAGAAAAGCUUCCUUUCUGCCUGCUUUGUAUUUUACAAAUGCUCUGUGUCUCACAUUCGGGGAAAUCUCCACAUUAUAUUAACCAAAAAGCUUUUCAGAGGCAGAAUGGUAUAAUGGUUAGAGUGGAAUUAAGAUGAGCAGGGCUUGGAGUUAGAAAGAUCUGAGUUUUAACUCCCGCCCUCAAUUCAUGCCAAACUGGCCUAAUUACUCAGCAUGCAUUUUGUCCCAUCUCCCACCACUGUACAGGUCAUCCCUCAUGCUUAGAAUGUACUCCUUCCUCACCUUCUAGAAUCUCUUUAUCUUUCAGAGCUGUCAGCUCAAGUGCUGCUUUCUACAGUGGGGCUUACUGCUAGAGCCUCCCACUGUCCCAAAAUUACCUUGUGCUUAUUUUGUAUAUUUUUUGUAUUUGUUUAUAUGUGUAGUUUUUCCCUGCUAGAAUAUAAGCACUGUGAAAGCAGGGACUAUUUUAUUCUCAUAUUUAUGUUCCUAGACCCUAGCAGGGUGCCUAGCACAUAAAUAAUUGGCAUGGAGUAAAUUGGUGCUAAUUGAUCGACUUGGCAUUUGCUAUAGUAAUUUCCCAAUCAUGGACAAACAUUUUAAUCUCCUUUUAACCUCAGAUUUCCAAUCUGUAAAAUAAAAAUAAUAAACUUGCAUUAUGUA